AUGUCCAUCAGCGUCAAUGGACCCGAUAGGAUCCUACUCUAUAUCGACAGCGGCAAUCCAAGGCUGCGCGCUCCCCUAUGUACUAGGGCAGAGUUGGAGGCUGACAUCAGGGAGCAAGUCCUCAAGGAAUGCGAGAGUGGAUCAACUUGGCUGCGACUAUCCGUCCUUUCCAAACAAGAGCGCCGACACCGGGUGGCUGAACUGGUCAGGGAGAGGACUACUAAGCUCACUGCCAAUGGAGGGAUGGGUACUCUGCAUUGCAACGAUCACGAUGGACUAGGCUGGGGAAUACGAGCUAAAUAUGAGACCCUCGCCUCUUUCCCAAAGGAGACCCUCAUUCACUUUGCAUCCCGCUGUGUUGCGUGCUCUGUUCCCGUCUACAUAGCGGUCUUCGGGGCCCAGCCAAGCGCUGACGACAUGGGCCUUCCGGAGCUGCUCCUCAUUGGCCUUUGCCUCGAGACUGCCGGCUGGUAUGCUCAGUGUCCUAUGUUGGGCACUCCGACCUUCAUAAACAAGGACAGCGCUAUAUCCCCUAUGGUACUGAAGGAGUUCUCCAACAUUGUUGAAUCAGCAGCUAAUGGCAGUACGGCUACCGGCUCGGGUGAGAUUACCGGCACUAGUUGUGGAGAGGCUGAUCUCAUCGAUUUGGCUGGACCAGUGGAGACUGGUGGAGAUGGUGAUGCUCCUGCUGCCCACAGUCCGCUGGAGUUGGAGGGAAUAGGGACGGUUGAUUUGGUGGAUAGCUUAGGGAAUGGAGAGGAGUCGACCUUGGCUUCUCCCAAGGCAUUGCAGCUGGCUGAGGCAAUGGUAAAGUCUACUGAUGUGUCCAGGAAGGUCUCAGCCGUAGCGGAGCAGCAGCACCAGCCGAUAUCAGUAUUGGAGGGGGACUCGGUUGGGGUGCCCGUCGAUGGCGAUAGCCCCGUCAACCGACAUGGAGGUUCAGCUGAUGAGGCUGAUACUCCCUCCCCACUGCCUCGUGCUCGACUAGGGUCUGUCGUGUUGGGUACGCCGAUGGAGACGAGGCAUCCUUUCUGGGCACCAGGGGAUGUUGGGCAACUUGAGGACGAUCUCUCUUCUGGGAUCGAGGCGGCCGCUAUGGCUAGUGCUGAGCUGUGGCUACUCCACGAGAUGAUCCUCACUCAGAUGAGGCACUAG